CACGCGGGUGAAGGUAAGUUAGACUUACCAGUAGCACGGUACUGGAAAACGUGCUACUGCUACUUCCUUAGCAGUAGCGCGUGUACUAGAACGGCGCUACUACUAUACCUAGCUUGACGGCAAUGGUAUGGCCAAAAUAGUAGUAGCGCAUUCUCGGGGAGCCGCGCUACUGCUAUGUAUGUAGCAGUAGCGCCCUAGGUAACCACGCGCUAUUGCUAAUUAUCAGUAGCGCCUCUUUAUAACCAGCGCUACUGAUAAGCCUCCAUGUAUAAGGUUUUCCCUAGUAGUGACCUAGGCAUCGCUACGGGCGAGAAGGUCUCAUCAUAGUCAACCCCUUGAACUUGUCGAAAACCCUUUGCGACGAGUCAUGCUUUGUAGAUGUAAACAUUUCCAUCCACGUAUGUUUUCUUCUUAUAAAUCCAUUUGCAUUCUACCAAGUUCCAAACUUGAUUUUCAUACGUGGAUGCUAUCUUGGAUUUCAUAGCCUCGAGCCCUUUCCCCGGGUCAGGGCAUGCCAUUGCCUCUUUGUAAUGCCUAGGUUCAUCUUGAUCUAGCAAGAAUACUCCAUCCUCAUACCUCUAUGAUAGAGCAGGUAUUCUUCCAGUCCUACGUGGUUCAGUUACACACUUGACCGAAGGUUCUUCAUCACAUGAAGGUGCUUCCAGUUCAAGUGCAGGAGUAAGUUCUUGAAGAACUUCCAGCUCAAUCCUUUGUUUCGUCAGCAAGGAUUAUCCAAUCUUGUCAAGUUGUACUGUCCUCCCACUCACCACUUUUGCAAGAAAUUCUUUCUUGAGAAAUACUAUGUUCUUAGCUACAAACACUUUGCCUUCGGUUCGGGUUUAGAAGUAAUACCCAACGGUAUCCUUGGGAUAACUAACAAAGCAGCAUUUGUCUGAUUUGGGAUCAAGCUUGGUUGGUUGUAAACGCUUUACAUAAACAUCGCAUCCCCAAAUAUUAAUUAAAGACAAAUUGGGCUUCUUACCAUUCCAUAUCUCAUAUGGUGUCAUUUCAAUAGACUUAGAUGGUGCUAUAUUUAGUGUCAAAGCUGUAGUUUCUAAAGCAUAACUCGGAAAAAAUAGUGGCAGUUCAGAUAAUGACAUCAUCGAUCUAACAUGUCCAACAAGAUUCGAUCACGUGGCUCGGACACUCGAUUCCUCUGUUGUGUUCCUGGUGGCAUAUGUUGAGAAACAAUUCCGCAACUCUUCAGAUACUCGCUAAACUUGUUAGUCAAAUAUUCUCCUCCACGAUCCGAUUGUAGAAACUUGAUUUUUCUUGUUAUGAUGAUUUUCUACUUGAUUAUGAAAUUCUUUGAACUUUUCAAAUGUUUCAGACUUCUGUUUCAUUAAGUAGAUAUAACCAUAUCUACUCAAAUCAUCCAUGAAGGUAUGAAAGUAGAGAAAUCCACUGCGCGUCGGUAGACUCAUCAAACUACAUACAUCUGAAUUUAUUAUUUCUAACAAGUCACUCACCCGUUUCAUAUGGCCUGUGAACGGCGUCCUACUCAAUUUUCCCAUCAGACAAGACUCACAAUUAUCAAAUGAUUCAAAAUCAAAUGAAUCCAAUAUUACAUCACUAUGGAGCUUCUUCAUGCAUUUCUUUCUGAUGUGACCAAGAUGGCACUACCACAAAAAUGUGGUAUUUUUCUUAUGAGUCUGUUUAAGACGUUUAGCGUGAGUGUUAAAGAUUAGGUUCUCACUUUCAAGAUUCAUAAUAAACAAUCUAUUCUAAAUUGGUAAAUUGCCCUAAAAUAUAUUAUUCAUAUAGAUCGAACAACCAUUAUUCUCUGACUUAAAUGAAUAACCACCUUGCAAUAACAUGAUAUUGAUUUGAUGUUCUUGUAUGAGGCCGGAACAUAGUAAAAAUUUACCUAGUUCUAAUAUAAAUCUCAAAGGUAGAUGUAGUGGCAAAACGCUGACGGCUUUGACAGUAACUUUUACUCUGUUCCCAACGCAUAUCAUCACCUUGUCAUUUUCUAGACUUCUAGGCCUCUAUAGUCCCUACGUCGAGUUACAAAUAUGAGCAACUGAUCCUGUAUAUAAUACACAUGAAUUAUAGUGGACCAGCAAGGAACGCAUCAAUAACAUGUAUGACACUCAUACUUGAGCUGGAUUGUCCAUUCUUCUUAUUUUCUGCCAGAAACUAUUUCAAUUUCUCUUCCGAUACCCCUUUUGCUUACAGAAGAAACACUCUGUUUCAGAACUGGCACCUCCCUAGGGUUUUCAAGAAGCACUAGUCUCACUUGUCCUGUUAGAUUUACCCUUCUUCUUGGAUUUGCCCUUUUUCUUAAAAUGUGUUGUUUUGUUCACCAUCAUCACAUGAUUGGUGUCCUUAUACAUUGCAACUUUCGCACUCUUGAGCAUGUUCAACAAUUCAUUCACACCCUUGUCCAUCCCAUUCAUGUUAUACUUCAUGAUAAAGCCAUUGAAGCUUAGCGGGAGUGACAAUAGCAAAAGAUAAGUCCCCAACUCCGUAGGGAUCGCAAAACCAAGGGCCUGCAAUAUAUGUCGAUACCCAGCUAACUUGAGUAUGUGUUAGCUCAUUGGACUUCCCUCUUUCGUCUUGCAAUCAAGCAUAGCCUUGUUAUCUCAUAAGCGUCAUAGUUUAAAUCACUUUUGAAGUUCUGGCUAUAAGGUUGCAGGCAUGAUGCAUUGUACCGUGAUGUUGUCGUCAUUUUUCGACUGAUAAACAUUGUUAUCAUCCUCAGUGGCGCUCUCGCCAGGGGCUUCCCAACAAGUUGCUUCAAGAACAUAUUCUUUCUUAGCACUCUUGAGAACUAUUCUCAAAUUGCGAAACCAGUCUACAAAGUGUUUGGAAACAUAGUAGAAAAGAAAUUUUUUUUUGCCCUACGAACACCCAGGAACAAUAUGAAGACGCAUAUCAGGUUUGAAUCAACGGUCAUUACCGACUACAUAGUGCAGCGAAAGUAGACGAGUCAGUGUAAAACGUACUUGGAGUCCCUCGAACGUCGAUGACGAUACCAUGAACCCCCCUCGAACAAACCCUCGAACGGAAGACCGAAAGCACGACCUCUCUACUUGGUUGCAAGCGUACAAUCUUCAUGAUCCGGCAGCGCUUCGCCAUCCAGAGCUAAUCGUCGCCGGAGAAUUAGAGGGAGGAGAUUACAACCACAUGGGGCUUCUAAUUAUGAGAAUUAGAGGUCGCCAGGGCUAGCUCUACUUAGUCAACUAGGACCUACUAGAACUAAAACUAGAUCAACUAGAGGAGGCUCCAAAACUGGUGUCAUCAUAGGGUGGAAAUCCUCUAGUAUAUAUAGGUUUAGGAAAGAGGAGGGGGCAGCCACCAAGGCUCCAAAACGAGUUCGACGCCUCUGAUCACUUUGCUAAUUACUGUGGUUUCUAUGGUUAGAUUGGCAAAUUUUUACAAUUCCUACACACCAUAAGCAUGGCAGUUCAUGUUGUUGGUUUAUCUUGCGAGGUGUAUGAAACACGAGACUUUACUAGAAACCGCGAGCCCAAUCUAAAACUUGUGAGGCCCCCCGACUCGACCGUGCACUAAUCAUACGUGCAAAUACGCACGAUCAGGAUCAGAGACUCGCGAGAAGAUAUCACAACACAUGUCUAAUACAAAAAUUCAAACACAAAGCUUUAUAUUACAAGCCAGGGCCAUGACGGCUCGAUUACAUAAGUCGGUGAAAGCAACAAUAUCCGAGUACACACAUAAUUAGACAAGUUUUACUUAAGAUGGCUGAGCAAAAUAACAACGUCUAGAUCGAAAAAGCGCAGGCCUCCUGCCUGCGAGCCUUCUAUCUACUCCUGGUCAUCGAUCUCCAUGUAGUAGUAGGCUUCGUCGGGAUAGUAGUAGUAGUCAACGGUGCCAUCAGCUGGCUCCGGGGCUCCCUCAUCUGAUCGGAGCAGCCGGGUAGACGGGGAAAAGCUAGCAAAGCUACCGUGAGUACUCAUCCAAAGUACUCGCGAAACUUACAUCAGAUCUAUGCUAAGUAUGCAUCAGGAUCAAAGGGGAGGGGCCUUAUCUGUGGACUAUACUACAAAAUUUCUAGAAUAAAGGGGAAGGCCUAGCCUAUCGAAGACUAGCAUCUUGCAGCGUCUUGCAACAACUGAUGAGAGUAGAGUAACAUAUAAUAUAUAGUAACAAGUAUAUAUAUUAGUAACGCCCAGAGAUCCUUCCAUGACUACCCUGUGAGAAAGUGAUCCCGGAGCUAUCAUAAAAAUUUAGUAUCACAAGUAUCCAGUUGUAGUUGUAGUAGAUCGAGAUAGAACUCCGAGCGUCCGUUACUAUGGACACGGCUAUUCGAAUAGAUAUACUUCCCUGUAGGGGGUGCACCAUCUUACCCGUCACGCUCGAUUACGUCUGGCCAGACAUACUUUUCCAGGUCAUGCCUGGCCUCGGAUAAUCAACACGUCGUAGACCUACCUAGGCUCCAUAAAGAGGUCCCUGCCAGUCUACAUCCUAAGCGUAAAGGGGUCAUGGGCCAAUCGUCCUAACCGCUCCGGGUCGUUGCGCCUAGGGCAGACCCAGGCACCACCUCUGUCCUGGAUGGCGCCGAUCCAGCCGUGCCGCAAUGCUGAACUGGACGUCUGACAAAGCUUUCGGGAGAAUCAUACGACACCGAGUGCACUUAACUUAUCCCAUGUGGUGGUUAGUGCGAAAAGGCGAGAGGCCUCUCAGAUCUGAUAUCCAAACCCAUUAGUGUGUUGGGAUCUCGGUGACUAUCAGUGCUCCUGUCGCCCCGUCUCGCGGGCUUAGGACAAGGGCCAGGGCCAUCCCUCUCUAGGGUGGUCUCUGCCUGCUCGGUCAUGCCGCGUCAUUAUCUCACGGGUAUACCCUCAUGGUCAACCUGACUUCAAUACCUAUCGCGGGUACCCCUUGGGAUGACCCGACUUCAACAAAGGACCGAGGUAAAGGUCAAGAUAUCCGUGGGUUCAGAACAUCAAGGGGGAAUCUGCGGAAUCACCCUCGAUGGAUUCCUACUCGAUGUAAACGUUAAGGUGACCUUGGAGGAAUCACCCUUGGUAGGUCCACGCCUGGGGUAAAAUGUCAAGGUGAACUAGGAGGAAUCACCCUCAAUGGGUUCACGCUUGAGGUGUUGCACGACAGAGUCAUCAUUUGGAGUGGUGAACGAGGGAUCAUCCUCUAUAAUCCAUGAUCGAUUAGCUACGCUACAGAGAUAUCAUCAGGAGUGAGAUACGAGGUAUCAUCCUCGGCACUCGAUAGUAGCUCUGCAGAGUCGUACAUCUAAAGGGGGUUGCCGGUGAUGUGACAGUCUCUGCACGUCGAUCACAUUGAUCUAGUCAUCCAGAAGCAAAGCAUGGCAACACAGACAAGGGUGCGGGGCCACUGUUGGAUCACUUACCAAACUAUACUAAGCAUAUAAGAUAACAGGUAAAGUAACAACAUCAGGUUACAAAAGCAGGCUAUGCAUCAGAAUAUGAGCUAUCAAACAACAGUAGCAAAAUCCGAUGCAAGCAUGAGAGAGAUAGAAUGGGCGAUAUAGGAAUGAUCAAGGGAGUUUUGCUUGCCUGGAAGCUCUGCUGAAAGGGGCUGGUCGUGAGGAGCAUAGUCGUACUCAAGGCGUCAGCGUCGGUCUCCGGGUCAACUAGAGAGAAGAGAGGGAAGAAACAAUAGAUAUAAAGCAACCAAAUGCAUCACAAUGCAUGACAUGGCAAUAUGUUGUGACACGGUGACCUAAUGCAGUGCUACGCGUUACAGACAGAGCAGGAAAAUAUCUAGGAAUACUUUCCCGGCUUUAGGCAGUUAUCGGACAGACGAGUCGGAGGGGAAGGUUCCAUGUUUGCAGUGCUAGAGGCAUGUGACAGGUAUGUGGAGGGUAUAAACAGAUUCGUCUAAUUUUUUUCUGAUCGUUUUUCAUAUAUAAAUCAUUUUCAUCGAAGUUACGGUUACUUUUAUAUGAAUUUUCAAAGUUCUAAAUGGAUUUCCAAAAUUAUUAUUAUGAAUUUGAAUUAAAAAUAGAAUAUACUUUUGCCACCUAGUGCUAUCCUAGCCUGAGUGUACGACAGUGCGGGCCAGAGGGGUACCGACUCAGUAGUCAACAGUCAAAGUGUUGACUGAGGUGAAACACGAACAUUGUUGUGGGUUCCACACGUCAUUGACUAGACUUAAAUUAAAAGGUUAUUUAACUACGGGGGGCACCUGUUUGUGACUGUUAGUGAGGGGGAUUAGUACUAAUGGGGGUUAGCCCUAAUUAAACUGGGGUCGGGCCCCUUUGGCAGGGAGCUAGCCGGCCAGCAGGGCUGUGCCACGCACGGGCGCACCCAGGGGCGCCGGUGGCCGAAGUCAGCAGCGGUAGCAGGGCCGGCUGUAGUGGCAGGAGGCUGAAGCGGCAGCGGAGAAACAACAGCUAGCAAGCAGCAGCGCGACCGGAGUGCGGCAGGGCGCGACGAGCGCGGCUGCAGCGGGGCAGCAGGGACGAGCGUGGGCGUGCACGGGCGGCAGGGCACGCGCUGGUGGAGUGGGCUUUGGCCAUCGCAGAACAGUGGCAGAACGGAGGGGGGAGAGGGGAACCGGAGGAGGACUCACCGGGAGGCACAAGAAGGCCCGGUGAUGGCUUUGUAGCGCAGCGAGAUUGCAGAUCCAGGCGGAAAUCGACAACGGCCGAAGGAAGAAGACGAGCUCGAUCCCGUUGUUCGGCAGUUCCCUGGCUGGAUCUGGACCUUGUAGACGACGUGGAAGAUGACAGGGAAGCCGAGGGACAUGCUAACUUGGUGCGGGGACGACGAUAGCCGCGGCAAUGACGACGACGAGCGCGGUCACCGCAUGAGCUCCGAGCUCGUUUUGGAGCCGAGGAGGAGGGGGGUGCCGGGGUGCGAUGGCGAGCGAUAGGGGAUCGGAUGAGGAUGAGGUAGGAUUUCCGAGGGACAUAUUUGCAGGUCUAGUGGGGCUACGUUGAGUCCAUCCAUGGCCAAGGCACCAUGGUUUCGUGACACGCGCGCCCUAUGUCUCUCCUGUAGCAGGAGGUGAAGGAAGACCCAGUUGGGUUGUGCAGAUGCACUUCGGCCACCAAAGGCCCAGUUGCACAGUAGUUUGAUAGGCAUUUUUCUAUUUUCUGUUAUUCUUUCUGUUUCUUUUUAUUCCAUUUGUAAUGCAUUUCUUUUUAGUAACAAAUGAGUUUUAUAAAAUAUGGAAUUUGGCCACUUAAUUACAUUGCAAUAUUUGGCACUGCCACAAAAAGUUUGGGGGGUAAAUGAAUGCCUUAGCCCAUUUAAGCAAAUAAGUGAUGUUGUUUUCCUUAACAAAUAUUGUUAUGGAAUAUUUGCUAAAUGAUGAACUAUUUUACCAUCAUGUCUGUGAAACUUUCAAUUUCACUUGCAAUUUGAAUUGAUUUCAGAGGUGGAGUUUGAAAUGAGAUUUGAGCCCAUAGUAAUCAAGCAUUGCAAAGCAAAGUGACUUAUCACAAUCGUGAGGGAUUACUAUAGCUUAAUACAUGGGGGUGUUACAACUUCGUCAUUACACAUGACCCUCGUGUUGAUCGUUAUCUUCCUUUACUAUGAACGAACCCAAUUUUCUGGGGGAAAGAUUGGACUCUCGCACACCUCUGUCUGGUGCAGGAACAGAGAUGUUAUGUGCCUAUCUCCGGUUGUUAUUGUCGAAGCCGAGGGGGGUGGUCGGGCCACCGUGACCUCGCAAAGCUCCGCGCGAGGUGGAACUCCCAUCAACCUUCGGAUCUGGAUCCGUGUCCUCGUGCUUAUACAAACCCACCUUUACCUUAUCCAAAUCGAGAGCAAUCAUGUCGCAAAUGUUGUCCACCCUCGCGGACAUGAGAUUGUCGAGGGUCGCGUUGUUUCCCUCGAUGAUUUUGCCCAUGGAUUGGAGAAGCGUCUCACCUUGUGCUUGCAGCUUAUGUCCAAGUCGCUAACGAAUUAAUGGCGCGGCGGCUCGUAGACGGCGCGGCCUUUGGUGCUGAGCUUCUCCAUGACUUGUCGUCGUCGCCGGUCGCCGUACCUCAUGCGGUGGGGAUGAAUUGGUGGCGCCAGGACGGAGGCUCUGAUACCAACUGUGAGCUUCUCACCGAAUUCGUCAGUCAUGCCAUGAAUUCAUCCAUCUCAAGCUAUGAAUUUGAAAUUGGUAGAGGAAUACUACCCAACCUCCCUCACCUCUAUCCAGAUACAGGACGACCGUUCUAAGCCGUCCCAAUCGUUGCCGAAACGAGAAAGAGAAGGAUUGUGCUUAUUUAAACGUUAUACCCGCUAACAGGCUUAGUUCGGGCUUGCAAGCCACUGGGGAAGAUUCUUGGGCCGCGCCAACUUGGGCCGAGGAGCCGGUACUAUUCCAGUCUUGUUGUUGUCGACAAUCUCUUCAACAGGUAUGGUGCUCUGUAUUGCAUCUUCAGUAUUGCUGUCCUUUGGGUCACUGACAUGACCGGUCGAUCGCUCGCACCAGUCGACCGGCGCAUAGCAUCGACCUUUCAAAAGAAAACAAAAUAAAAAUGGAAACAAAAAAAGGACAAAAGAAAAUGAAAAAUUAAAAGACAAAAAAAACAGAACGGAAAAUAAGAAAUAGAGGAAAAAAACAACUAGAAUCCGGAAAAGGAGGAAAGGGGGGGAAGGUCGGCUGCAAGUGGACUAGGAAAGUGCACGUCACGUCUACCUUGUGCGAUAAGUUGACAAUUCGUAGCCAGAAAUAGGGUUACCUAAGUGAGUGACUACCAAGCAGCGAGCACCAUGCCAUGGAAUGUCCGAAACGGAAGUGCCAUACGGCGGCCGUCCAUUUUUGAUAGCCGAUCGGAAUUCGUCGCUCGGAGGCGGAGAGAUCCUUUAUUAUUAUUAUUAUUAUUAUUAUUAUUAUUAUUAUUAUUAUUAUUUUAUAUUUAGGUAAAGGCGAGGUUGCUGCUGUCGAUACGAACGAGGAACACAAUCGUCCGGCCCAUUAAUAGUAUGUGCGCGGCCCAUCGGACAACUUCUCUCGGUUUCUCACUUGAUGCCCUAAACUAAACCCCUGAAACUAAACCCCUGGUACAGCCGCAACGCGUCUAACUCUCCCGUGCAAAAAGAAGUUGGUCAUCCGAAACCCCUCAGAGCGCCGCCCCUCGCGCGCAGAAAGCCAGCUUUGCCCUCCGUGGCCAGCGGUCACCUUGAGCGGGCUUCUCCGAGGAAGAGCAGGAUGGUAUGGCAGGCGGCGCCGGCUGCGGAUGAGGCAGGGGAGGGGGACAAGCCCCUGACCGAACCCGUGGAGGAGGAGCUGGAGAGUCCGCGCAGGCGGCCUUGGGUGGUGGAGAAGGGGAAGGCGGCGCUGGUGGUGGAGAGUUCGAGCAGGCACAGUAAGUCGAUGGUUUCUCGGCUCGCCAAUAAGGGCAAGGCGUCUGCGGCUGAGGCGGAGAGGGGGAAGUUGGCGACGGUGGUGGAGGAGCUGGUCAAGUGUUCGCGCAAGCGGAGUAGGCCAGUGUCUUUCUGCCCCGCCCAGAAGGUGCCUACUAAGGGGAUCAAGGCCGCUGAGACUAAGGUGGCGGAUGUCGCUACGGCGGUAGGGGGGAAAGCGUGGGAUGCGAAGAUGUCCAUGGCCGAUCUUGAGCAUUUCAACCUUCUCAAGGAUUUGAACGCCGGAUCAAGGCCUUUACUUCCCAAAGUUUACAAGGUGAACGUCCAUUCUGCGCCCCCUUAUGAACUCGUUAAAGGCAAAAUGCAUGCUCCGGGUGGGAAACAGGAAUUCUACUAUUUCCAUAGCCAUCCGGCACCAGGCACGAGGGGGAGACGAUGCCGCCAUGUUGACGGUGGCGGCAUCUGGCGGCCGGAGAAUCGCACGUCAAUACUUGACGCGGACAAGUCCAUUUUGUUGCUCAAGAGAAAGCUGUCCUACAUGCUCACUGACAGUGGUGGAGUACCUGCGCGUACCGGGUGGUGCAUGGCGGAAUUCUCGCUAGAGAAUCAGCACGACAACGUCGACGAGAUGGUGUUGUGCAUUCUCUAUCGGUCUAAUCACAGCUAUCCAGAAAUAUCAACGACAGCCAGCACCUCUCUCGUCGCAGAGUUUACAUUGAUUGCGCAGGGAUGUGAUGCGGCGGAGGAGGACGGAGUAACUAUACACGAGUCGCUGGGAUCGCCCGGCAGCGACAUGCCAUCUCCAGGGCAGGCCAUGGACGAGGCGGUGGGUUUGGACAAUCUCCAUGAGCGUGGAUUGGAUAAGCUGAUUGUUUCAGAAGUUUCACCAGGAGGGCAACUUGAUGUUGAGCUCCUGCUGCUCAAUGAACUCAACGACUUCCUGCUGGCACCCGUUCAAGUUGAAGCUGAGGAGGACCAUGCGGAUCUUGAUCGUCCAGACAACGAUCCGAUAGUCGAGUUCACCGUUCCGUCGCUUGAUGUUGCCGACUACCUGCAGAUGCAAAAUGGAGUAGAGUCCUACCUGCAGAUUCCCAAUGAAAUCGAUGAGAACUGUACACCUGAAGUUGAGGCCCAACAUCACCAGAAGCAGAAGCAGGGACUCCAGGUGGGGGUGGGCGGCAGUGAAUCUAGCAAUGCUCUGGAAGAGGUCGGCUGGGAGCUGGACGGGUUCUGGGACAGCAUACUAGAGGGCGACGACAACAUCUACGACGCUGGGGUGCGUGUAACUGAGGAGGCUGCAGGACACGGCUACCGCAUUUCAUCUCAAGUGGCACCGUUUGUGGGCGAGCUUUUCCAGACGGAGUGGGAACCAACUGACAAUGGCCAGUGCACAUUGUUGUCAGAAGUACGGCCGCUCCACAACCAGGACGACUCCUUGGAUGAUUUGACGUCCUUGGCGAAUUUCCACCCAUAAUGGUAGGUGACAUGCAUACACCAAAUGGCUCCUGGAUACACUCGAAGACAUGAGACAUUAACCUUGCUUGAGUUGCAGGCUACGUACUGAGCAUCGUAUAGCUGUGUUGUUGUUUGUCUGUUCAUGUUUUGUAUCUGAAGUUUUUUUUACCUCCAUUCGUGUGCAAUGUACUGUAUGAACUGCCUGUUUUUACCCUAGGUUCCAUUUUAAAUGGAACCGGGGAGAUUUUUAUUCCGUUUAUCAAAUAAGCGAGGCAAGACAUUAAACAUUA